AUGCACAAGAACCCCUACUUUAUCGUCAUCAGCGCCAUUAUGUGCGGUGGUCAAGUUUUGAUCGUUAUGGUUGGCGGAGAAGCAUUCCGCAUCGCGCCCGAGGGUCAAACGGCAGUCAUGUGGGGCAUCGCCAUUGUUCUGGGCGCCCUCUCGAUCCCGGUUGGUGUCAUCAUCCGCCUCAUCCCAGACGAGCUCAUCGAGAGUUUGAUCCCCGCGUCCUGGAAGCGCAAGUCCGAACCUAAAGUUCCGGGCGUCACUGUGUCGGAUGAUGACGAGCGCUUCAACGCCUACCCCGACGCGCUUGCCGACAUCAGAGAGGAGCUGGCUUGGCUCAAGCGCAUCAAGGGCGGUCGUCUUAACAACCUCAAGUUCGCCAUGCAGCACCCGCGCGAGACGUUCAUGCCCCGCCGGAGCCCCGCCCAAAGCCAGGACCACUCCCGGUCGAACUCGAUCCACCGCCUCCCGCAAACACCCACACGCGAGGACAGCUUCGGUUCGGUUGUCGCCCCGACUCCUGACUCGCGCCGGCGUAGCAGGAGCAUGCGCUCGCGGUCCAACAGUGCUCUGGGUGCUGCGACUGUCAUGACGGGCAUCGUGGCGGGCAGUAUUGCUGCUGGCUGGUCACCGAUCGACCGCCGCGGUGAGCCGGACUUUGGGCAGUUCCCGCGUCCGGGCCCUUCGUCGGGGCAGGAUGCUAGGAGCCAGUCCCAACCACCAGCAAGCCAGUCCGUCCUGGGCGAGCAGAUCCUCUCGGACGAGCCGCAGGAGAUGGGCGAGGAGUCGUCGGAGAAGAAGCAGACUGGGGCCGAGGACGUCCCUAUUCUGAGCAUGCCGAAACCGCGGUCUCCUGCGACUCCCAGGCCGGAGGAUAGCUGA